AUGAAUAGAAAACAACAACAUACAACAGAUACAAAUAAUAAAUUUUUAUCGCCUAUCAAUUUACUUGCAGUUACACUAUGGUAUCUGAAGCAUUAUCACUCUGAGCGUCAUAUAGCAGCAGAGUUAAACUUCAGCAAAUCAACAGUGAACUAUUUUUUAUCUGCCGUGGUAGAUAUAUUAUAUGCAUCUGCAUAUCCGACGUUAAUUUUAUUACCUGAUGAUAUGGAUGAUGAAGCUACCGCGCAUGGACCUGAACAGUACCACAAGCUAAUUGUUGAUUCUACCUUUAUUGCAAUUCACCAGCCAGAAGAUUCUGACCAACGUAAAGCGUAUUAUCAUGCAAAAAGCCCAACAAACUAUGCAUUUAAAAUACAGAUAACUUGUGAUUUUAAUCAUCGAAUAGUUCAUGUGUCCAAAUGCUAUCAAGGCAGUGUACAUGAUAUUACUGUUCUAAGAGAAUCAGGGUUACUGGAACAUACAGAAGAACAUGUUCAAAUCAUAGCCGACAAAGGAUAUAUCGGUGAACAAUAUGUCAUAACCCCGAGAAAGAAACCUCGUGGUGGCGAAUUAACAGCUGAAGAUAAAGAUUUCAAUCGGUCAAUUUCCAGUGCAAGAGCAGCGAUUGAAAACAUCAAUCAACGCAUUAAAAAUUAUGCCAUUUUAGGAAGUAUUUACAGAGGUGCCUAUGAUGAUUUUGAUAAGAUUACUCGAAUUGCACAUGUAGUCUCUGCACUUUGUAAUCUUAAGUUAAGUAAACAUCCUAUUCGAAAUGAAAGAUAA